GGAGUUGGCCGGACCACGAGGGGCCACAGGGGUCCGUGAGCGGACCAUGGCGGACCAAAGGCGACUGCAUCCUUUCAGUCGGCCGCUGAACCCGCGCGCCGUGCGGUUGCUCGUGUGUGUAUUGCACUUGACUUCGAUUUAUCGUGUAACAUUCUUUUUUUAUUCUCUACCGCAGGACUACGCGUGUGAGGUUUUUCUAUUUGCCGGUUAUCUAUCCAUAUCUGCAAAGGUAACCAGACAAAGAGAAACGACAAAGCUUCAUUUCAAAGACCUUUCCUGAUAAGCAGGAUUACGGACACACGCUUACGGAUUUUUUGGUGUACAUCUCUAGAUUGUUUUCGUGCGCGGGCGUAACGCCGACGUGAAGUUCUUCUGCAUGAUUUCGUACGAACCGUGGUUGCACGGUACGAAAGGCACCGAGAGCGACGAGGAUGACGUAGCCGUCCGGCGGCUGCCGAUUCACGAGAAUAGCAUCGAGAAGGAUGUACACGAACGAACAACGUACACGAACAAACGAGAAGUUGUUUGUCGCUCGACCUCGAGGCGAUUCGAUUCGUAACGCGUCAGGGAGUAGAAGGAUCGAAAAGACCAAGAAAGGAUCAUCAUCACUGCCCGAGCAAUAACGACGCUCGAUUAAAAAUCGUUCCGUCCCGAGUUCCAUCCUGAGACCGACUGGAAAAAAAAAAAAGAAGCAAAAAGAGAGAAAGAGAGAGAAAGAGAAGGAAGAAGGACAAAAAAAGAGAAAAGUAUCUCUCCCCGUUCGAUCUCCCUCUUUCGAGAUCAAAAAGACUGAAUAUCAAAGAGGAGGCAAGAUGUUGGGAGUGAGUCAACCGGGAAACCCGCCCUCGAGCCUGCGACACUCGGCGAGUUUCUCUUGUUUGCAACGCGGCACCGCGAGCGAGGGGCACAGGGCGAGGACCUCGACGCUGCUCCAGCAACCGAGCCUCCAGCUGAGCAACACCCAUCACCAAUACACGCCCGGCCAGGCGUCGUCCCUGCUGCAAGGGCAGCCGAGCGGCACCGUUCAACACCGCGUCGAGGCGUUGGAAGCCGUACAAGACCAAGGCAACGAUUACGGUUUCGUCAAGAUACGUCCACGUCUGCGUAGCACGAACGCCACCCUCCACUACGAGGAGGAGCUGGCUGCACAGAAGAGCGCUGUAUGGGACGCGUCGGCGUUCAGCGACCGCGAGUGCGACGCCAAUUACAGGGAACACUCCUCCCUCAAGAUCAAGGAGCGGGAAGAACACUCGCCCAAGGGUGGCGCCGCCAAGAACCAGAACCCGCUCAGGGGCGCCCUGAUACUGUUCACCUCGACCUCCUCCUGGUGGAAGGCCAGGCAGAGGGAGGAGCAGCUGAACGCGGACCACCGCGCGGCGUUCACCGCGGAGCGAAAGUGGUCGAGCACCUCGAUGGCGUCCCCCUCGAACGAGAGAAAGUGGCCCUCGGUGGUCACCUCGCCCACCAACGACAGGAAGUGGUCGGUGGGCAACAACGCUUUGACGUCGCCGGGUAACGAGAGGAAGUGGACCAGAUCGUCCGUCUCGUCGACGGGGCAGCAGCAGGACAGGAAAUGGCGGUCGCUCGGCGCCCUGUUGAGGGCUCCAACCUCCUCCCAGCCCGGCUCCCAGCACGCCGCGCAACACUCCCUGUCCCACAACAUGAGCGUCUCGAUGAUCGAGGGCGACCACUUCAGGGACGAUCCGCGCUGCAAGUCGACGCGCUACCAGCAGCCCACCUCGUACUCGGCCCGCGUGUCGCGCGUCAGCCGGGACAUUUACAGGGAGAGCGGGUCGGAGUUCGGUCAGGCUGGGGGCAGGUCGAAGGUGAGCCGCAGGUUGUACCAGGAGGGAACGGUGGAUUGCUUGGUGGACAGCACGGUGGAGGAGAGGCAGGCGAGACACCAGUUCGAGGAGGAGUGCAGGGGCCGCGCGAAUCGGGAGAGUAUCUGCAAAACGGAGCAGCAGCAGGCGGAGAGCGGCGGCGCGCGUAGCACCACCACGAGAUCGAGCCGGGCUCAAAGCUUUUAUCUUCUCGACGAUUUCCUGCGGCCCCAGCCCCAACAACAGAGCAACAACAAUAAUAACAACAAGUGUAUGCUCAACGUUUACCUGUCACCCUCGCACGCGGCUUCCAAGUCGUCGAGCAACGAUCUACAGCUACACUCGGCGGCGGGUAGAUCGGCCGACGUGAAACAACACCAGGUCGCCUCGCAGGGGAACGUGACGAACAUCACUCCGCCGCGGCGCCAUAACUCUAGCUCGGAUAGCCUCGAGGUCGCGACCAGUCCGCUUCCGCCGCCUGUCCCGCCUCCGCCGCCUCAGGUGACCGCAGCCCGCGACAGGGAAAGGGCAGAGAAUUUCAAAGAGAAGGACGUGUGCCAGUGCAAAGUGUGCUGGACCAAUAUGCAGCAGCAAAGAUGUUUCGUAGAAGAGGUGAGUAGGCGCUCCAAAGAACGUGCAUCUCUCUAUCAAGAAACGGGGAGGAGUCCUGGAACGCUGCACAAAGAUGUCGGUGGUGCUGGUACCAAGGUCAGCGGAAAGACGGUCGGCGGUGUCGGCACUGCAACCCUUACCACGCUCUCUUCCAUUAAUAAUACAUCCAAUACCAGCCGGAACAAGAACAAUCCCGUAUCUCAAGAGAAAUUACUGUCAUUCUUUCAUCCCAAAACGACGCGAGUGGACAAGUCUGACAACAACAACACAACCAACUCCACCACCAACAAUAUUCACAACAACCUGCCGAUACACGAGCCUAUCAACGCCACAUCUCACGAUGUAUAUCCUGGGAGAUUGCCAAUGACAGCUCCAGAAGCUCUCAAGUAUUAUGGUUCGAGGCUCACCGAAUUUGAGCGCAACGAAAUCGAAAAAUACUCAGAGAUUUGGUAUCUUGGUCUGUCGGCCACAAAAAUUCACGGCGAGGAGGGCUCAUCCCAAAAUGGUGGAUACGACGACGAAAACGGUAGUUACAACAAGGUCUUCCACGAUCAUAUCUCGUACAGAUACGAGAUAUUGGAGGUGAUCGGGAAAGGAAGCUUCGGACAAGUGAUCAGAGCGUUGGAUCACAAGACAGGACAGUACAUUGCCAUCAAGAUCAUCAGGUAAAACAAAAAGAGAUUCCAUCAUCAAGCGCUCGUCGAAGUGGAGAUUUUGGAACAUCUCAGGAAGAAAGAUUUAGAAGCGAAUGCGUCGCACAAUGUGAUACACAUGCUAGAAUACUUCUACUUCAGGAACCAUUUGUGCAUCACCUUUGAGUUAAUGAGUUUGAAUUUAUACGAGCUAAUCAAAAAGAAUAACUAUAAGGGAUUUAGUCUGAGCCUAAUACGACGAUUCGCCAAUUCGUUAAUUAGCUGCCUGAGACUGCUGUAUCGAGAGAAGAUAAUUCAUUGCGAUUUGAAACCUGAAAACGUGCUUCUGAAACAGCGGGGAAGCAGCUCGAUUAAGGUGAUAGACUUCGGAUCCUCGUGUUACAGCCAUCAGCGUGUAUAUACGUAUCUCCAGUCCAGAUUUUAUCGAAGUCCAGAAGUGAUUCUGGGUCUUCCAUACGGUACACCGAUCGAUAUGUGGAGUUUGGGUUGUAUUCUAGCCGAACUCUAUACCGGUUGCCCAUUGUUCCCGGGCGAGGAUGAAAUUGAACAGCUUGCCUGCAUUAUGGAAGUUCUUGGCCUGCCACCGGAACAUAUUAUUAAUCACGCAUCCCGUCGCAGGCUUUUCUUCGAUCCGAAGGGAAGUCCUCGAUGCGUGACAAACAGUAAGGGCAAGAAGAGAUGGGCUGGUAGCAGGAAUCUUGCCAUAGCUCUUCGUUGCACCGACACACUUUUCGUCGACUUUGUUCGCAGAUGCCUCGAGUGGGAUCCAAAGAAACGCAUGACCCCCGACGAGGCGAUGCGUCACGAGUGGCUGAACUCGUCCUCCUUUCACGUGAGCUCCUCGACGUCGACGAUAGCCGCGUCGACGGUGAACGCGAACACGAACGCGAACGCGAACACAACGAGCAUGGAAACGUCGUCGCAAUCCGCCCACGCUCAGACAGUUAGCGUGACAGUAAGCGCGCCCAGGCAACGGGCGACCACUGUCGAGGAUCCCCCCUACACGAUGUAUCGUUUGUGCAAAGGUCGUAAGUACGUGCAGAGGAUCAGCACGACCGAAAACACGGACAACGCAGGCCUCGUAGUGAAGAGUAAGCUGAACGGAAGCGCGAGCAGCCACGCGCUCGCGAGUAGCACGCAGACUACUACCUCGAGGCACGCCUCGACCGGCGAUAUCGUCGCGAGUCUGGACCCAAAUCUCGACGAUUCCGGUACGUUUUUACCGCCGAUAUUGUGAAAUCGGUUUUGCGCUACCCACUUCUAGAUGCUUUCGCGCGUACCGUGUCGCGAUCGAACAGCACUCGCUCUCCGAUCUACACCGAGAUGAUAUGUGUAUAUAUAUAUAUAUAUAUAUGUAUAUAUAAUUACAUAGGCGCAUAUACGAUCGUCGCGAUUAGUAACGUUGUAAGAAAAGUUCGAUUCGCUAUCGACAGGCGCAAAUUAAUGUUAACGAUAUAUAUAUAUAUUAUAUAUAUAUAUAUAUAUAUGUAUACUACAUGUAUACGAAGAAAUAUGUACGAGGAGAGAAUAGCGAAAGGGUGAAUGCGUUCUUAACAACGAUAUUUCCGCACGAUUUUUCAUCGAGCAUUAUUCAGCAUCGAAUCGCGGUUAAAAACGUGAAAGAAGUAGAAAAAGAAAAUAAAAGAAAAAAGAUAAAAAAAUAGGUAAAACCUGAGUCGUCUGAAACCCCGUGACAACAGGGUACCGAUUAAAUAAUGAAAAACGUCAAGGCAAACCUUGGUGAGAGAGGGAGAGAGAGUGUGUGAGAGAGGGAGAGAAAGAGAGAGAGAAAGAGAGAGAAAGAGGCGAUGCUCCUGGAGAUGAAGCGUACCCCAGUUUCACGAGGCCUGAGUAGUCUUAUUGUGAUAUUAAUCUACCACUGUCUUUUACGUAGAUCUCUGAUAUUAAGAAGUAAACGAUCGCUAUAAUUAAUGAUUAUCUUUUUUUCAUUCUAUACUAUCAAUCAUUAUUUUCUUAAUAUUGAUUUAUCGCUCUCACUAUUAUAGCAAGAUUAUAUAAUUACGAUAUUAACGAAGUUAUCCAAUGAGUAAUAACAGAGAUAACAUUAUGAUUAUUAUUAUUAUUAUUAUUAUUAAUAUUAUUAUUAUUAUUAUUAUUGUUGUUGUUAUUAUCAUAAGGAUUGUACAGAUUUAACGAAGCCUUUGAAAUCCAACACAGCAUACAUUCGCUUCUUUAUUAACAUUUUUAUUUCUUUUCGUUUUUUUUUUUCUUAUUACAAUAGACGAGUAAAAAAAAAAAAUUAGUCAAACGCUUGAAAUUUAUUUACUACAUUUGUUUUCGCAUAAUUUUGGCUAUUAAUGUAACAUGCAUAACAUUUUAAGCAGAAUUUUAUCUUUCUUUUUCUAUUAACCAUUUUAACUUUUCUCAUUUUAUUAUCUUGUUACGUUAACCAAACCUUAAUUAGAAAUUGCAUCUCUUCACUCAUCGGUCGAUUGUAGGUUAUAAAAAUAUUAAGAUCGAAGAUUCAUGUUACUUUUUAGUGUAAAUGCGAAGGAUUUGAAAGGAAGAUUUCUGUACCGUGUAAUAUACGUUGCCUCGAUACACAUACACACACAUACACGCGCGCAAGAAGAAGAGGGAGAAGAAAAGAAUUUUCUCGCUCGGUGUUCAAAAAUCACAAUGAAAGUUCAACUAAACGAGAAAGAUAUACUUAUAGUUAUGAUAAAUGUCAUUAGUACUAUUCGUAAAUGUUCGUUAUUAGUGAUUUUCGACCCAUUCUGCCACGUAUUUUUUUUUUUUUUUUGUGUUUGAAUUGAAAUCAAAACAUAGUCGAUUUAGAAGAUAUAACGAGGUUAUAAUUAAUUAAUUAUACAGAAAAUUGCAAAUGUUU